AAUUUUCGUACGACUGACUAAUGCCUGAAUCAUAUUCGAAUUUCCUCGGGUAAUCGAAACAUUGUACACGUGAGAUAGUUACAAAUAGAAGAUCAAGAUGGCAUCAUUGCGGAAAGCGAGUAAAACCAAUGCUCGCACUUACAGAGAAAGAAGUCAGCCGUCCAGCAGAUCACACCUGGGCUUCCUCGAGAAGAAGAAGGACUACAAAGAAAGAGCAGAGGAUUUCCAGAAAAAGCAGAAUACUCUGAAAAGACUUAAGAGAAAGGCACUGAGUCGCAAUCCAGAUGAAUUUUAUUUCAACAUGGUUAAAACACAAAAAGUUGAUGGAGUGCAUCAGGAAAGGGAGGAGACCGAGCCAUCUCACACGGAGGCGGAAUUAAAACUCAUGUUCUCACAGGAUCAGAAAUAUGUCACAAUGAAAAGAACCUCGGAACUGAAUAAAAUUGAACGACUGAAGUCUAAUCUGCAUUUGGUGGACAACGACACGGUUCCCAAAAACAAACACAUUGUAUUUGUAGACUCAGCGAGGGAAGUGAAAGAGUUUGAUGCAGCAAAACACUUUGGAACCCAUCCGUCCCUAGUAAACAGGAGAUAUAACAGACCAACAUUAGAGAGCCUGAAGAAAAUGGAGAUCCGAGGGAACUUAAAUAAGGGAGAUCUGGAGGCAGUAUCAAAGGAGAAACAGCAGAGAUACAGAGAGCUGGUCAAACGAAUCCAGAGGGAAAAAGACCUCCAUGUUAUACAGCAGAAAAUGGAGAUGAAGAAACAUUUAAUGGAAAAGAAAGAAAAGCGAACAAAAUUAGAAGAAGAAACUAAAACUUCAGCUCCUGUCUACAGGUGGCGCCACAAAAGGAAACGAUGAUGAAGCAAUACCUCUACAGAACUGCAUUACCCUGCUGAUAUACCCUUAGUGGAAUAUUAACGGUGCAUGGAAACUUAUCCUGGAAUGUCUCAAGGAAGAUAAUACUAAAUGUACUUGUAAUAUUUUGCUAAGAUGCAGUGUUAAAAAGAGACUCUCCGAUUUCACUAUUUGUAAUUUAGAAGUACAGUUGUAUAUGCUGCAUAUAUGUAUUUAAUAUUUACAUUUACUUUGAACAUCAUACACUGUGUCAGUUUGUUACAUUUUUUGAUAAAAGCACCAACUUUUCAUUUUGACAUUAACGAGUUAAAAUAAUAAUACAAGCAAUACUACAUGUCACUGUGUGGAUAGUCUGUAAUGUAGGGGUAUAAAACAAAAGAAGCAAGUUCUGCAGGAUAAGUUUGGCUGAUUAUGUGCAUUACCUCAAUCUUCCAUUGUUUUUAUACCUCAUAAUACAAACAAUCUUACACAACAAAAUGAAAAAUUCAAUGUCGGAUAAAUAAAGGUGAUUAAAAAGUUA